CGACAUCGUAAGUUAGGAAGCAGGGUGCGAAAACAUGUACAGAGUGAGACGUCGUUUUUUUCCCCCAAAACCUAUCUUGAAAUGAGCGCGCCGGCUACCCCGCCACCAAAAUCAAAGGCGUGGUCGUUCAGCCUCUUAUUCCCUAGGAAGCUCAGAGAGCAGUGCUUUUGAUUGGCUGGAGCCCGGUGACGACACCAACCAACGCGGUUUCCGAUUGGCUGGAGCAAUCCAGCUGCUUCAGAGCGCCAGAAAACAAGCUUGAGCGGGUGUUGCUGUUCAAGCGGGGCAGUAGUACACAGUGUCCGCUCUCUGGUUGACACGCAGGGCACACAUAAGCGGUUAGGAGUUGCCCGCUAAUUUUAAAGAGGGAAAGAAGCGGCUAUGUUUGGCUGAAGCAACUAACGCAGUGACAAGACUGUGACCCACAUCGGAAUACAUCAUUAAUUUCAACGGUCACAAAAAGGUAUUCCAAAUGGAGGUGGAAUGCCUGGCACUGAAAAACCUCACAAGUGUGGGAAAAAGUUUCUCUCUUCCUAAAGAAGAUGGGAGCCAAGGGGAAAAGGAAAACGUGUGUUUAGAGAGGAGGAGGUCCACCCCGCUGAAACCGUCAGAGUCCAGCGUUCCCGUUUUCCUGGUGAGCCGGAAGGCGUCGACCUCCGACCUGGCCCACAUCACUCCCAUCAAGUGUGGGGGCCUGGCCGAGCCGUGGUCGCCCACGGCCAACCUGAAGGUGCUCAUCAGCGCCGCCAGCCCGGACAUCAGAGACAGGGAGAUGAAGAAGGUUCUGUUCAGACCAAUAGAGAACGACAAGGACCAGGUGGUAGACUCAGAACCAGCGGUGGAGGAUGCAGAGGUAGAAGACCCAACUCAGUUUGAAGGGGCUUUUGAGGAGGAUGAUACAGAGAAGAAGCCGAGCAGGAAGGAGAAGAGCCUGGGUCUGCUUUGCCAGAAGUUCCUGGCUCUUUACCCCGAUGACCCACUAGCCCACAGCCCCAUAUGGAUCUCACUGGAUGAGGUCGCAACCAAUCUGGGAGUGGAGCGCCGACGGAUCUACGACAUCGUCAACGUCCUGGAGUCGCUGACCAUCGUGGGCCGGAUGGCCAAGAACAGCUACACCUGGUAUGGCCGACAGCGACUGUGGAGCACGCUGGAGGUGCUGCAGCGGAGGGGCCGGGAGCAGGGCUACCAUCUGCAGAUGGACCUGCCCGCCGACGCCAGGAGGUCCGGACUGAGCCGGGAGGAAGAUGGAGGAGAUGGAGAUUCAGGAAAUGCUGCGGGCAACAGAAAGGACAAAUCUCUGCGCAUCAUGAGCCAGAAGUUUGUCAUGCUCUUCCUGGUGUCCAAAACUCAAACCGUUACCCUGGACGCGGCGGCCAAAGUCCUCAUCGAGGAGAGCCAGGACUCCUCGAGCCACAGCAAGUACAAAACCAAGGUGCGGCGUCUGUACGACAUCGCCAAUGUGCUGACCAGCCUGGAGCUCAUCAGGAAGGUUCAUGUCAGAGAGGAACGAGCCAGGAAGCCGGCCUUCAAGUGGCUGGGGCCCGUGAAAUUCAGCAGCUCUGGAAAUAUGGGAAGCACCGUGGAUGUCACACAGAGCGAAGCCGCAGCCAACGAGGACUUCAGGAAAGCCAAGAUGGCCCGCCAUUCCUCCUUCACCAUCACACCUGCUGCAGCCGGUGUGCAGAGGCAGGUCAGCUCCGCCCCCAGCAGCCCGCGCCACCACCCAGCAGGUAUCCAGAAUCAAUCUUUGGAUUACUCAAGAAAGACCAUGACCAACAGCUCCGUGGGUCAGCUGCAGUGUGGGGGCAGCACAGACAGUUGCCUCGGCAUGCCGCUGUACGCCCAGCUCACACACACCACCAGCAGCUCCCUGUCUCCGGCCUCCACUCACCCCACUGUUGUGGCCACGCAGCCCUGCCCAGAGCACCUCCUCAUCCCCUCCCCACACUGCCUGGCCUACCUGCCCAGCCUCUCACACCCCUCCGUCGUCGUGCUCUAUAAGCCGCCGGAGCAGCAAGAAUGGGCCCCUAAAGGUCAGAGGUCAGCCAAGACGGAGCUUGAGGACGAGGGGAAGAGGAAAAGAGAGUCCGGUGAAAGUGAGGAGGGGGAGGCGGUGUUGAAAAAGAAGAGCAGAUCUGGUUCAGAGACGUCUGAAAAGACUGGAGCUCAGUGUCAAAGAGACGCAGCAAUGUUCUCAGAGACCAACACUUCUGCUGUAACGUGCCCCUCUGGCCAGCAGAGGGCCACAGAGAGUCGUGCUGGCCACAGCAUUGGGGAGAACACACAGCCAUCACACUACCUCUACGUCCCCAACAGUGCAGGAUUAAACAACUUCAACUUCCUUAUCCCUGCUGGACAGCCUGCAGCCAGCCUGUCUCUCCCUCCCAGCAGUGUGCCCACCAUGGCUCUGCCCUACGUCCUGGUUCCGUCUGCUGCGCUCUCUCACUACCCCCUGGUGGCUGGCGGCGUACAGCAACAGCAAACGUCCGAUAAUCCCAGCGGUCUGCGUUUCAGUCUGCCCACCAUGAUGUCCCCCACCGCCUUUAUGGUGGGGACGGCGCCUCAUAGCGUAAUGGAGGCAUCAGAAGUCAGCUUGCAGCAUCUUCCAUCGCCGGUCACUCCGGAACAGAGCAGACACCGCGUGUCGGCAGCGGGGACGCCGCGCUCUCCCUCAGGGCCCAGACAGAACGUCGGCGUUAGCACACCAGAACCUUCGACUCCACAUACCCCCAAGGAAACCACAGCGUCCUCUUCCAAAGCGUUCUUCCAGACCCCAGGAACUCUGGGAAGUGUAGUGAGUGCUGUGCCAGCCGCUCGGAAAAGAGGCUCCGCACAGAGGAGACUGGACGUCGGCCACUCCGCGGCGCCAUGAAGGGAGAGUUUGCGUUUAGGCAGCCACUCUAAAGUGGGGAAACAUGAACGAAAGCUUUUGGUGCUCACGUUUCCUGGAAACAAAAGAGAGAAGAAAUGUUUUAGCAAAAAGAAAAGACUGAUGUUUAUUUUUUUACUAUGUAUCACUCUGAAGAUAUUAGCAGAUCAAAUAUGCCUCGAGGUUAGAUUCCAGGACAUUUCACGGUAAAUUAGCCAAGCAGUAUUGCCAAUCUACUGCCCUCUCGUGGUGGGGGUUGGUAACUGCUGUUUUUUUUUUUUGUUUUUUUUUUAAUUUUUAUUCAGCCUUAAGAUUCCCUCCCAUACACGAUCAAGCUACCUAAUUCUUCCUGUUUUAUGUAUUAAAGCCCAACUAGUAUUUAUACUUUAGCUAAUAUAUGUUAAUUACAGAAGCUGUAAUGGGACACUUAGCUUUUCUUUUAGCACUAAACAUUUAUACGUAAUAUGCAUCUAAUUUUAAAGAGAUCUUUAGCUGGCCCCCUUUGUAUUGUGUUACAUGAAGAAGGUGUAAUAGGAAAUCUGCUCUCGGUUAGUGGUAGGAACGACCUCGUUUUAGACAUUUCUGUACAAAUCACUAAAGCCUUAAAUGUUUACAGCCUUUCAAGUUGAUAUUCCUCUUCAGGAGGAGGAUGUUACUUAUUUUAUUUUCAGGGUAAACCUCAAAAGCCCAGCGCUAAUACUAAGAACGAAAUGUGACGAUGCUCUCAGGUACUACAAUACUGGUACUGAAUGAAAUGUAUUUAUAUCAGAGUACUGUAACAGACGUACAGGGGAAUCGAUCUUAUGUGUUUUUAAUCUUUGUUCUCACAUAUCCAGCAGCCGUACAGAUACCUGUGUUGGAUGUUGACAGCUGAGAAAAGAAUGUCGUCUUUAACCACUGUUUCUCUGGUUGGUCUUGCUUCCAGUCAGCCCAGCAGAAAACCUGGUGCUUAUUCAGGACUUAGACACACCACUCUAACCAGUGGGUGUGUGGGUCUCCAUUUUACAGGUUAAUGUCAGUUAUUAAUAUUCCUAAAUAGCCAUUUAAAGUGUUCAUGAGCAGAAUGUGGGUUUCUGUGUUGCUCUCUCACUGUAGCGCUGCUCUCUGUGGUUCUGGGAGUGUACCGGUUUUUCUUCGAUGCAUUUUACAAGCUUCGUUUUAAUAAAAUGUGUGAUGUUUUUUGUUUUUUUUU